CCUCAUUCUCUUGUCUUUGUAGUUCUUGUUUCUUCUCUCUCUCUCUCUCGCGCAUUUCCCGGAGACCAAAAUGGUCAAGUCCUCAUCGUGUUGCGAGAAACCAGCAGGGUUGAAGAAAGGGCCAUGGACUCCUGAGGAAGACCAGAAGCUCAUGUCUUACAUUCAACAACACGGCCACGGAAGCUGGUCUUCCUUGCCUGCAAAAGCUGGACUACGGAGAUGUGGGAAGAGUUGCAGACUGAGAUGGAUAAAUUAUCUAAGUCCUGACAUCAAACGAGGCAAGUUCAGUUUACAGGAAGACCAGACCAUCAUACAACUUCAUGCUCUUUUUGGAAACAGAUGGUCGGCCAUAGCGCUUCACUUGCCAAAGAGAACAGACAACGAGAUCAAGAAUUACUGGAACACCCACCUUAAGAAGAGGCUCACCAGAAUGGGUAUAAACCCGUCCACCCACAAGCCCUUAAACGACGCCGUUAAUGGCGACCAGUCCAGGGACGCGGCCAACCUCAGCCAUAUGGCUCAGUGGGAGACUGCUCGGCUCCAAGCCGAGGCCCGACAAGUCAGAGAAUAUUCGAAGCUGCAGCUCCAGAACCAGCAGCUCGGCUCGCCUCCAAUGACUCGGCUCGUUCUCAACAAGAUCACACCUUGGCCAUCACCACCUCCGUGCCUCGACGUGCUCAAGGCAUGGCAGAAUUCGUGGUCGCCAUCCACGUGGAAGCCCUCAACAGAUCAGAACAACCCCAGAAUGCAUAGCAUGUACGCCAUGAUGCUUGCCACCAACGACCUCAAGUCACCGGCGUCGACGUUGUGCUUCCCCGACGCCGUCGUUUCCAAGUCAAAAUGUACGAAUAGUACUGAAAUCAAUAAAUGUUUACAACUUCCUUCGUCCUCCUCCACCACGGUCGCAAAUGACAGUGGAAUCAACGUCGUGAAAAGCUUGCGAAGCGACGACAGUAUAAUGGCAGCCAUGGAAGAACUCCAAUCAACAGUUUAUAACUGUAAUAUGGAAGAUCUCCAUGAUGACGAUGUGUUGGUGUUUGGAUUUAAUGAGAACUCAGCCUCAUCACCGCACGAAAACUUGGGAGUCUCAGGUGUUGGAGAUGAUUGGGAAGCCAUUCUCGACCUUGUCAAUGGCUCACUCUGA